CGUGUGUGUUAUCUCCGCUCGGCGUUAUCUCUCCGUUCCCUGCCAUGACCACACGCGUGACGGUGGCCACGGCGAGAGCAGCAGGGAUUAUAUAGGGUGCCAGUGAGGACCAGGUUGUGGUAGGGCGCGACAGGCUGUCCCUCCUGCCCUCACCCACCACCAGUACGUCCACCUCAUCCUGCAGAGAAGAGCCAUUACCACGUGAGAACAAAUCGUUUGCGCUAGAGGCUCUCUGACACCGUGAAGUGAACCCGGGGCGGAGAAAUGGGGCAUGUGUUUAGCCGAACAAACAAGGAAGUGAGGUGGAAUGGGUGCUAUGGAUGACUGGAACAGGAAUCAUUAAGUGAGCGUCGAGGAAGAGAGGAAAAGAAAGUGAUUGCUUAACAGGCGUUAUCAGCACACCACAAGGAAACAGUACUUACAAGGGUUGGGCCUGGAGAUUGCUGCACGCAGUGAAGAGGAGAGAGAGACUCAAGAGAAGCCUUCGUUGAGAGUGGCUUCUCAACCAUCACAUUACAAGACUAGAAAUGGCAGGCCAUGGGCGACCCAUUGUUAACCCAGAGGAGGCUGCCCGGUCAAGGAGAAUAGCCUUACCCGUCUCCCUCACAAGCCGCCUCCAGACCAACACUUGGCGGCAGGUGUUUACUUCUUUGAGGCCGCUUGUCGCCCACACCCGGCAGAGAACCUUAAAUACAUAUGCUCGAAGGCUUCAUCAUCGACAACUCACACACCAGUCAAGAAGAGGUAGGCCUGAGGAGCAAUCAUUUCCUGAUGAGAGGGAGGAGUCUCCUGUCUGGUCAGGGUGGCCAUCACUGUUUGGUUCUCAGCCACAACAGCAGCACCCAGAAGGCAGUGCAGGGCAGAGGCAGGCAGAGGCCAGUCAGAAUGUUGUAAUAGACAUUGAGGCUGGUGGCAGUCCUGAUAGGAGCCUCCCCAGCACCAUUGAUCUCUCAAACAGUGAACAGUUCACACACACCAUAGAUGGGGAGGGUCCUGGCGGAAUGAGAACGAGAGAACCUCCUGACCAUCUCGACAAUACUCCCUCACAACUAGAACCAUUACUACCAACAGCAGCCUCGGGUGUAACAGCAGUUGCGGGUGAAAAUGGUAAUACUUCAGAUGCUGCUAAUGAGGACAAUGCCAAUAACAGAAGUGCCAGUGAAUCCCUGACGGAGCUGCUGAGUCAGUUCCCAGAGGUUCGCAGUGGCCUGCUGGUGGCUUGGAAUUACUGCAUCUUCCUCUUCAUUCUUCUUGCCAAGGCUGUCUUUGAUCAUCUUACAGGACUGAUGGUCAUCUUAACAUUAGUCAUUGGGUUUCUAUGGAGCAACAACAUCGUGAAAAAGGCUGUGUCUCAGCAGGGGAGGCGGCCCAUCAAGCCCCUGCUCGCUCUACUAGUGAACUUGCCUGCAGGCGUCUUCCUCUUGUAUUAUUCCUACAGAACUGACAAGUUGUUCUACAGUGCUCUGCUCAUCCCUCCUGAACAUGAGGGGUUCGGAGUACUGGACCUCAUGUGGAUAGUGAUCGUGUCUGACUAUGUGCUGAAGCUGGCCACUGUUUUGGUGAAAACUGUCAUCACCCUCAUGCCUCACUCAUUUAUGCAUUACCAAAACAGGGGCAAGUACUUUCUGGUGGUUGAGAUGGGGUCUCAGCUAUACCGGUGUCUGGCGCCCAUACAACCCUGGCUCUCCUAUCUGCUGGAUGGCUAUACCGGUCCCCCCAAGGUCCUGGGAGUGUUUUUCUCGGCAGCGUACAUGGUUUGCAAGGGCCCAGACAUUGUUACCAAGAUGAAGUGCUUUCAAGGAGCCAUCGUUAAGUUUGUCAAUAGCGUGAAUUAUGGCUGCACCCCUAGUAAAGCCCAGCUGGACGAUGCAGGCGGCCUCUGUCCCAUUUGCCAUGAUGACUUCUACUCCCCCACAAUGCUGCGGUGUAAGCACAUCUUCUGUGAGCAGUGUGUCGUCACUUGGUUUGACAGAGAACGGACUUGCCCCAUGUGCAGGACUCAGGUGGCUGAUGAUCCAGCAUGGAGGGACGGCAGCACGACAAACUUCCUACAGCUGUAUUAAUACUGGUUAGAGAUGUGGCUAACAUUACAUAAGUGGCAUGUCAUGUCUUCAAGCAAGUAUCCAGGGGUUACUUAUCAUCAUUACAAGUAGACUUUAUCAUCAAAUGGCUGUUUAAUGUUUUCCAAUAAAUAAAUAGGGACCAAUUCCUUGGUGCUCAUCUCAUAAUAUACAUUACAUAAACUCAUAAUUAACUGCAUAUAGCUAUGGUUAGGCAGUUGAAUCAACUACUAAUAUGGUUAAUUCAACACGUGGAGAAAGUCUUUUAUAACUGUAUUGCCAUGCUUUUGUUUUUGAGGGAUCUCUAGUCACUUCAAGUAUAUUUUAUCUCAUUAAUUUAUCAUUGUCAGCUUUUUUCCAUUGCCUGGACACACAGUCAGAUUUGAGAGCACUGCCUGUUACAUCAUUGUGCUGACAGAAGUGCUGUUAAAAAAUUUAGUACAUAUGAAUUUUCUAAGUGGUUAUGAUUUAAAAUUUAAUACCACUAAUAGGUAUAAUAUCAUACCAAUACAUUUAUAGCAAGUUUAAGCCAACAACAUUAUAAAAUUGAUGGCUUAAAAUUGAUACAUACAUAAAUCUCAUAACAUAUUAGUUCAUAACUGUAAGUGGGAAUGUCUUAACAAUGCAAAAUAGUAUUGGGAUAGAUGAUGGGAACCCAAUCAGUGGUUUAUGUGAACUAAUUUGCUGAUUGUUACAAAAUGAAGUGUACCUGUCACUUGCCCCACCUUGCUUGUGGGAGACUUUACAAUGGGCAGCACUGUGCCAUCCACUCCCUUGGCUUGAGGAGAUGGAAAUACAAUACCUCUCAUUUGCUUAUGUAAAAGUGCAUCAGCUAAACGAAAAAUAGCAAGAAGCAGCUGGAGUUGCCAGGUUUUCUUUGCAAUGGUUUUCUUUUACAGGAAAGCAAGAUAAGCAAUGCUUUCUCCUCUUCUAUAUUUUCAUAUAAAAAAUGUUUAAUUCAAAUUAAAUAUUGCAGUAUUUCUUUCUCAUAGCCCUUGAAAUAUUGUAUUUCCAUUUCUUUCACACCAAGAGACUGAAUAGAGUGCUGCCCGCUGUAGUGUAGCACCUCCUCCACCCAUCUGCCACAUUUCCGGUUGACCUCCUAUAUCGUGGGGUCCUACACCCUUUUCUCUCUUUCCUUACUUGUACAAAAGAGG